CAAAAAAAAAAAAAAAAAACUGGUCUUCUUCUUCUUCUUCUUCUUCUACUUCUAGAAAAUAUUCUCUGUGAUUAAUCCAAAUAUUUGAUAUUUUUUAUUGGAGAGAGAUCAAGCGGAAAACCCUAAGAAGAAAGGGAAGAUUUUCAAAAUCACAAGUGAAAUUUUUUUGAGAAAGAAAGAAUCGAAAAUUAACAAGGCAUGGGUCAAGCUUUUCGCAAGCUAUUCGAUAUCUUUUUUGGUAACACAGAGAUGAGGGUUGUGAUGCUAGGCCUUGACGCAGCUGGCAAAACAACUAUAUUGUACAAGCUGCACAUUGGAGAAGUUUUAUCAACUGUCCCCACCAUUGGUUUCAAUGUGGAGAAAGUUCAAUAUAAGAAUGUGAUAUUCACAGUUUGGGAUGUUGGUGGACAAGAGAAACUAAGACCACUUUGGAGGCAUUACUUUAACAACACAGAUGGACUGAUCUAUGUUGUUGAUUCUUUGGACCGAGAGAGGAUUGGCAAAGCUAAACAAGAAUUUCAGGCCAUCAUCAACGACCCAUUUAUGUGCAAUAGUGUCAUCUUGGUGUUUGCCAACAAGCAAGACAUGAAAGGGGCAAUGACCCCGAUGGAGGUGUGUGAGGGAUUAGGUCUUUUCAAUCUAAAGAAUCGAAAAUGGCACAUACAAGGGACUUGCGCACUUCGAGGAGACGGCCUCUACGAAGGGUUAGACUGGCUAUCUGGAACUCUCAAGGAGAUGAGAGCUGCAGGGUAUUCGUCACUGGGUUCAUCAACAAUCUAAUGAUCUCUCACAUAUUCGAACUCAGAAGCCAUUUCCUUGCUUAU